GUCGUCGACUGUCAACUGCAGUUUGUGUUGUUUACAAUUAUCGGAAAAUUUCUGAAAGUUCUGUGAAUUGUGCAGGGAGACAUACCCGCUUAUCUUUUAUAAAGUCUAGAGUUGUUCCCAAGCAGUGCCAAGUGUGUCGGUUGUUGUCUUAUACCAUAGUAAUUGCUUGAGGUACUGGAAGGAUAAUUUAGAGUUUAUUGAAGUCCGCAGAUAUAACCCCACUUGUUGGACGUCAGAGAAUGAGUCGGUCAACAAUAGCAGAGCAGGAAGCUCUUGUGAAGGAAUCCCUCUUUAAAUUUGUACGAAAACACAUUCCUAGUGCUCAGCUUAGUUCAAUUGACGAGAUUGUGCUGAGCUAUGUGGUAAGCAUCUUGGAAGAUCUGGGCACAGAAGCAAGUGUUGAGGAAGCAUUUGAUGUGGAGGGCUUCUGUGAAAUGAUGGCAGCAUAUUUCCCAGAAUUCUCAGCAAUACACCAUUCAGCUGUAUGUCAGUGGAUGUUUGAACUGGAGGCCAAACUUAGCCAGAAGAAAGGCAAAGGACUCAGGAUACAUUGCAACGCAGGUGCACCUGCUACAGGAGAUGUUUCCAGGGGCAUGCAGCAUUGAAGUGCAACACUGUCUGACGAUUGCAGAGGGAGAUGUGGCCCGUGCAGCCCAGCUAGUGUUGCACAGGCAGGAGGCAGGCCAGAGUCUGUCCUCAAACGCCACAGUUCUACAGCCAAUGGCACAAAGGCAGAAGGCAGUCGUGGAUGAUCAGGAGCUCAAAUCUCGAAUUAUCGCCCGAUACAGCUAUGUAGACAAAGAUGAUGACAUAAGGGAACAUCGUCCUGUUGGGCCUAAGUCUGAACCAAAGAAGCUAGUUAGGUAUCGGGAUAACAAAAUAGUCAGCUUGAAAGGUGAGCGAUUCACAGAGGUGAAGAAGGACGAGGAAGAUGACAUGAAGAAGACAUAUGUGAGCAUUAAAGCAGCGAGGCAGUAUCGCUUCCAUUGAUAUCCAGCGUAGUUAUAUGUACCGCUGCCACCCAAGGGUGGCGUAAUGAUAUUAGAGUUGGAGUGAAACCCAAAUGUAUGAAGAUAUGGCAUGUAGUGCAGUGCAGUGCUGUGGAAAGGAACUUGGAACCAACUGUAUUUAUAGAUAUAGAAGAUAGGUAGUACUUUGAUGUUGGUGUCUGUGCCGUGGGACACUUCAGUAUUGUGAAUAUGUUUUUUUGAAAUCUUUUUUUCCUGCUGUGGUGUACAUACUUGAUGUAAACUCUGUCACGUGUAGAUUGAGUCAGCACGAUUUAGGAUUCUGUUGACAUGGACUGCGUUUUGCAAUGCAGGUAUUAUAUAUUGACUCUCUGUGACAGGCUACAAAUACUUUAAUGGUAGCUAUCACUUUCCUGUAACAGAACCCAUGCUCGGAAGCAUCUCCAGGAUUUUACACUUCACAGAAGGUGAUAAAUACCACACUUUAUGUCUUCUCCUUUGUUAUGUUGUCAGUGCUAGUCCUUUUAACCCACACGAGAGUCAUGCUGUAUUAUGACAGUAUGAUGUUCAGUAUGAGAGCACUAUCUCCAAGAGGCAGUGCCCACAAAUGCACCAUUUAUGUUUGUUCCUUCAUGAACCAUGCAGCUAGUUUUGUUUUGUUCAAAAUGUAGAAGGUUGUGUGGAAACAGUUCCUGUCAGUGUUUACUUCAGGAGCAUAUAGUACCAACCUAAAGACUGUUUCAAAUCAUUAUCAUGUUAGGUCCAUAUGUAAGUCCUUUGACACAUCACCAUUGGCUGGAACUUCACUCGAGACUAUUGAGGAUGCAGCCGGCUUGAGAUUUUCUUGGCAUGGUGUCUCCUUUCCAGAAUUUCUGCCUCAUUUGCUUAUAGUUACCACUAUUGCCAUUGAACAUCAUGGUUGAUAUGAGUGUCACUGAAUGACAAAUCAGUAUGCAAACUGGACUGUAUAAUGUUACAUUGCAAAUCUGUACUUUCUGUGAUUAAAUUUAAGUGGCGACAUAGGCAGCAGCCAGCUGGGUGAAGGCAGAAAAUGCCAUUAGAGAAGUUGAGACUGUGUACAAGGUGAAAUUAUAUUGUGAUCGUCACUAUGCAGUUAGAGGUCUGGUGACUGGUGUCACUCCUUAUUUGAAAGAAAACACUUUAUGAGUUUCUAUGUAGUUAAACUCUUUAAUAUUUCUAUAGAUCUGUCUGAAUGUUUUGUGACCAGGAACCCAGGCUUGUCAUGUCUGAACCAGUGUUAUUAAUUUGUUCCUUUGUACAUUGUGAAUAUUCAUUUCAUAGCUUUUAAUUUGACUGUGAUUUUAAUAGAAUUACUGUGAGACACUCAUCAGCAUUAAGCCAUGCCUAGAUGGUUCUGAUGAUCAUAUGUUACGGUAAACAUUUAUUGUGGACAUUGUCUGUUUUCUAAAGUUUUUUUGAACACAAUAUUUUGGAUCUGUUUCAAUCACCAGUGAUCCAGACUGUGGGAAUUUGAUGAUGUAAACAGAUCCAGUUUCCAAGGCCUUGUGUUUGAAAGGGUCAAGUUGAUUGACACUGCCCGAAAUAACAGUCAUAUUUGUUGUUUCCUGAUCAGUACUGCUUCACUCUGACCAAGGAGGACCUGAUCUUGUGUCUUUCCACAUCAUCCUUUGUUGUGGUGGGUUGGUCAAUGGCCUGGUGUUUUGUUGCUUUGUGGUGUAUGUUGGUGAUUUGGUGUCUGGAGUACCAGAACAUAUUUCCACAAGAUUCACAUAGCACUUUCACUAAAUUAGGAAGCUAAAAUGAUACCUUGUAACAGCUCUGAUGAAACAGUGCUGAAAUGUGUUUGCUAGAUAUACAGUAAGACCUAAUUAAUUCAGACUAAGUGGGAGCAAACCCUUUCCAAAUUAGUGAAAGCCUGAAUUAUAGAAGCGCUACUGAACAUAUUGUCACGUGUCGGGUAUGUCACGCGACAAAUUGUUAUUGUCACUUCUACGUGGAUCGAAUGAUAAGUGAGAAUCAGUGCUCACUCUAACCCUGCUUUAUUAAGACAACCUUUUGAUACAUGAAAAGUGUUUUAUAUGUAUUCACACACAUAACAAUAGAGAAUUUAUGUUUUUACACACAUAACCGUAGUAACACAUAACAAUAGAGAAAUUAGGAACAGCACAUGUAGCACAGUCUAUCAUUGAAAAUUGUUUACUACGCCGUUGUCAACUCUAGCAUUAUAUUUUAACAUUAGAGUGUUGCCAACAUAACACUCUCCCAUAAACAGUUUUGGGAAUUUAAAAAAUACUUAUUCAUUAAUCAAUAUAUAAAAAAAAUAUUAUUAUUUAGAACAUCAUUUGGAAACAUUAUUCUUAGCACAAUCCAAGGGAAUUAAUAAAAGCAGUAUAUUUCCAUACAUUUAAACCUUUCGUGCAACCAUCAGCAACUAAUUGAUUUCCAGGAAUGUAAUGUACUGACAAUUCCUUUGAUUCAACCCACUCUCUUACAAAAUGAACUCUUAUGUCAAUAUGGCUUGUUCGGUCAUUAUUGACGGCUAAAUACAUCACUGAAUCUACAACUUGUUGAUAUGGCACAUCAUCUAGAUUCUCGAUCGAUUUAUUCGAUUUAGGCAACGGUUUCAAUUUGCUAUUUGGUUCUAUUGGAUGACUAACUGGUUUAAUCUCAUUAGGAAUAUUAAAUCUCUUAAGAACAUUGUUCAAAUAUUGAGUUUGGGUCAACUUUAUAGUUUUCUUUGCCCCGUCUCUGUUCACUUCCAUUCCUAGACAUUUCUUAACCAGUCCCAAAUCCUUGACUUUAAAACAUUGUUGCAAUUUUCUUUUUAAAUUCUCAAUUUCGACAUUGUCAUUAUGAAAUAUGAAGAAGUCAUCAACAUACAAUGCUAUAUUAAUUACAGAAUUGCCCUUUUAUUUGGUAUAAAUACAUGGUUCAGAACAAGUUUGCUUGUACCCUAGGCUUUUCAGAACCUCUGUUGCUUUCUUAUUCCAUGACCUAACAGCUUGUUUUAGUCUGUAAACUGAUUUUUUUAACUUACAAACUUUAUUAGACUCCCCCUUAAUAUCAUAUCCUUCAGGAUAUGGGCCCAUAACCCGUUAUUGUCACUUCUACGCUCACACGCUUUACAAUUGUUGGCGUUUCUCUGAUGGUACAUGAUCAUAAGCCGGACGUCUGAAAAUUUUUAUGUGGGAGAGAUCAGUCUUUUCUCAUGUCCAUAUUUCUUCGGGCAAUUGGUUCCUUAGUUUCUUGUCAGGUGAUCUGUUCAAAAGAUAUACGGCUGUUUAUGCUGCUUCAGCCCAGAAUCUUUUGUUUCAGCCGGAAUCAUACAACAUACAUCUUGUUUUUCCACAAUACUGUGAUUAGCUCGUUCGGCAGUUCCAUUUUGUUUUGGAUUAUAUGGCACAGAGAAUUCCCUUUUAACUCCCUUUUGUUUUAGCAUGCCGUUGAAUAAUUUGCCGCAAAAUUCACCACCGUUAUCGGAACGAACAGCUCUUAUAGUCAAUCCAGUUUCUGUCUCAACCAUUCUCAUAAAUUCUUUAAAGGCUUCAUAUGUGUCACCUUUUUGUUUCAAGAAACAAUGAAGAUUUUUCUACUAUGAUCAUCCACAAUAGUCAAAAAAUAUUUAGCAUUCCGAUUAGAGGGUACUUCAAAUAGCCCAACCAGAUCUAAAUGUAAUAGAUUAAGUUUCCCUUUUUGACCAUUUUUUCUUUAACUGUAGGAAAGGCUUCUUUGUCAUCUUGCCUUCCAGGCAUGGAACACAUUUCUUUGUCUGAUCUUGUUCUUGAAAAUCGAUGCCACUAGCUAAACCUUUUUUUUUAGCAACCGCAUGCUAACCCUAUUUAAAUGCCCCAAACGCCUAUGCCACAACAGCUGUUCACCAACUUGCUGGGUACUUGCAACUUGUUCAUUCUUUACAGUAUUAAUACAAGAUUUUUCACAUUUGUCGUUAUUCUGUUUGGUAUUAAUCUUAUCUUUAGUUGCAGUAUUUGCAUAUUGGGUCAAGUUAGCUUUGGUAUUUAAACAAUAAAUCCCAUUUUCAGGAUAUGCUUUGGCAAGAACUUUGCCUGUUACCUCAAAAUUAUCAGAAUCAUAUAAGUUGCAACAGUCUUUGGUGAAUAACACAAUCAUACCCUUAUUUACAAUUGAGUUCACAGAUAACAGAUUUGUAGACAAUUUUGGUACAUGCAGUACAUCUGAGAUAUGGCUAAAAUUGUCAUUCACAAGUUUAACAUCACCAAAACCUGCACCAGUUAACAUGUUAUCAUCAUCAAGACUUAUCUCAUGUUUUAUAAUUUUGCAAAACAGUAUCACUUUUUACUAUUUAUACUUAUCAAUAAUAUGAUCGUGGGCCCAUAACCUCUUAUUGUCACUUCUACGUGGAUUCAGUGAUAAGUGGGUCUAGGAUUUAGUGAACUUUUAUUGGACACUCACUGUUACAUACCUUACAAUUAUUACCACUUGCAGUAUCACAAGUACUGCCUCUACUUCAAUGCGACAUCUCAACUGUCCUUGGCCGUGGCCGGAUCUCGACUGUGUUCAGCGGCGGCUAUCCCAAGACUGUCUCAUUCAUACGUGUCUCAAGCUCUGCUUAUAUAGGCAUUAUGCAGACCAGAUAACAGACACCAUUCCUCAUGAUUCUGUUAUCGCUGUUCCAACAGUCCGUUGUUAUGCAACGAGCACAAGCUCUCUGUUGUUCAUCUCCAGGGAGACCCGUUCGUUGUUUCAGCAUUGUCUACGCAACGGCUCAUUGUCAUUGCGUUACCAUGGAAGUACCUACUCCAAACACGUUACAAUAUGUUCAGGGAAGCUAUAAAAUAGACUUCACGUUUCUUCAGGCAAUACAACUUUAUUUUGAAACUUAGAUUGCAUAUCAUAAAAUAAAUUUACUUGUCAUAAAAUUUAAACAUAUAUCUUUUGAUGUCAGUCUUAAAAACAAUUUAGGUAGCCUGCAUACUUGUUCUUUUUGAGACCAUGUUUAAAAAAAUUAAUUUAUUUUGGUUUGUGUUUCUGUUAUCCCCAAGGAUAUGACACUUGGCUACUCACCUUGAUCUAUUGCCGAGGUGGGGUAUGUGCAACAAUUUUGUCAGUUUGCUGCAGUCAGUAAUUUGAAGAUAAGAAAUUACCUUUUAGGAAGAAGUAUAUACACAAAUAUACAUGAAACCAAAGUGGCACAAGAUCACUUACAAAUUAUGUGAUAGUAAAUAAAAAUUAUCAAAUCAAGUAUGAGGCACUGAGGUAUACAGAGCCAGUGACAUAUGCUCUGGCCAUUAUUUGAUUACAUCUAUAAUCUAGCCCUUAACACAGUUGGAAGUACCAAGAAACAAGACGCAAAGAAGGCUGGACACUGAAGUGUACAAAAUUAAGUUACUUCAAGAACCAAGUAUCAAAAGAUUAUAUCAGUCACAAGUAAGCAGUUAUGAAAGGGAAAUACUAGGAGGCAAGUAUAGUGUGUAUAAAACAGCCUUAUAAUACAGCUGUUUAGUUGUAUAAUCUUGUUUUUGCAGCCUAAUUAAUGUGUUAUAUGUGUUUACAACAGGUUUUGGUUAUAUAGGGCCAUCAUCAGAUAUGUGUC